AAAAAAAACUGUCAUAGUACAUAAUGUACACAGGAGGAUUCAGGAUUACACACAAAACAAUCAAAAGUUUAAAUGAUCAUACAAUCCCAUUUGCCUAAUGUUCGUCCCACAUGUCUAGUUUGACUUUGUAUCGUGUUUAACUUUAGAUAGUGUUUUAUUGUGGUGGUGUUUGUAGUAGAUGUAAAGUUUGUGGGUGUGCCGAAUACCGUGCAGAAGAUCCUCCCAUACUGAGCUGCUCCUCGUCCUGCUUUCACACACGUUUUGAGUUUUGAACUCAAGUCUUUGUAAAAAGAUGUCUCUGAGUGAGAAGAGCGAUGAAGAAAUUAGAGAAUUAUUGACUGAAUAUGGAAUCUCACCUGGACCCAUAGUCGAGUCGACUCGGGGUCUGUAUGAGAAGAAGCUGGAGAAGGCAAUGGAGAACGCUGCGUCGAAACCUUCGCCUGAUAGAACAUACUACAGAGAGGAAGAGGAGGUGACCUACAUCGAGUACCACAGCCCAAUGAGAAACGAGCCUUUUGGAGACGCGCUGAGAAGGAGAGGAAACGCUGACACGGAAGAAGAAGAAGAAGAUGAAGAAGAAGAGGAAGAAGAAGAGGAGGAGGAGUCAGAGCAGGAAACAGAGGAGGUUCCUGUCCAGGCAACCCACAGGAUGGCCAAUCACAGAGUAGGACGGUCCGUGGAGCCGACCAGGAAGUCUGGAGGCUGUAUGUCCAAGUUGUUCCGCCUGCUGCUGCUGUUAGCCGUGUUAGCAGCCGCUUACUACGCCUACUCUCAGAUGGUUGACAAAGAGGUGGAGUCCGCCGGGGUGCAGUGAUCUGAUUGGUUGAUAGGGUGUCAGGUUUUUUUACUAUUUGAACACAUUCCUGAAACUUUAAAGGGCGGAGGGUAUUUUAUUACAGAGUGUCAUUAAAUCCUGUGAAACGACAGAGAUGAUAGUCUGUGUUUGUUGAGUCUCAAACAUCACAUGGAUUCAUCCGCCGCUGAAAGUAGAACCCUAUGAAUGCACUAAUUACUGCUGUUUGAGUGAAACCUCUUUAAGCUUUAUAUCCACUAGCAGCCUGUGGGAGUUCAGUCAGAGUGUUCAGGUGCAGACUAACUCCUGGUUUGGUGUUUUCAUGGGACUUUCUGACAUUCUGAAGAAUUAAAAAUCAAUGCUAGCCCUCUUGUUUACUUCUUUGCUUUUCUUGCAUGAAAUGUUGCACUCUAUUUCCCUGCUAUGCAAAGUGUGUGUUUUAUUUUCUCUAUGCAGCUGUUGUCCAUCAUGUGUUUUAAAUUGUGACAUAUUGCACAACAGAUGUUUUAACUGAGGCCGUCUUUUAUAUUUCCAUGUCCCUUUUUACAUCAUGUGCAAUCUGAAUCCAAAGGCUGUCAUCUUUAUGUCAAUAAACUUUUAGAAAAUUGAA